GUAAUAGAAGAAUUAUAUUCGACCUUCAUAAUCAUUCCGAUCUUCAAGGUAUACCAGAUGGCAUGACAAUUGACAUUAAUGGAAACCUUUGGAUCGCUUUGUUUGGGGGCCAUGCUGUGAUAAAUGUUGAUCCUCGGACGGGCCAGAUAGUGAAUCGCAUUGAAAUGCCCGUGAAGUAUGUGACGUCAGUGUGUUUUGGAGGCCCCCAAUUCGCUGAUCUUUUCGUGACUACUUCCAGAUUACACCUCAAAGAGAAUCAACUGCCGGAAGAACCGGACGCUGGAUGUGUGUUUGUUGUUGAGAAUUUAGGAAUCAGAGGUCUGCCAGGAAACGAAGUUAUAUUUUAUAGUUGAUUCUUUUAAAUAUAAUUUCAUUACAUGUAA